UGGGACUGCAGAUCCUGACCGGCUAACGGACCAGAUUUAAAGAAUAUGGACAAGAUUAAUGGGGAGCCUGUUGCUGGCGAGAGCCACCCUCAAGAAAUCUUACAAGGGUCGGUGUACAGCGACGGUGGUUACAUCCCGCCGGAAGAUUUGAAUAACCAUUUCGAAGAAGAUGACGGACUGGACUUAGAGGGAUAUCAACCGACGUAUGCUGAAGCUUUCCCUCCCCUUCCAAGCGCUCAUGUGGAGAAUUCAACGCAAAGCGACGCUGGAUCAAAAUGGCGAACUGGAACGGGUCCGAUUCGCUCCACCACUGUGACUCAGGUAUAUAUAACUGAAAUCGCAUAGAGACAAAAAGGAAAUUAACGUCCUAAAGAGGAAUUCUAAAUGAGUGAAGGUUAAUUUGUUCUUUUUGAACUUGUCUAAUAUUUAUUAGUUUGGUAUGAAUAUAGCUGAUUUGAGUUCUUUACUUAGAUUGCUACGUUCAGCGUGAAAAUUGAUACAACCUCACGACUAGAAUUGCCUUUCUCUGUUUCGCCCACGGGAUCGCUUUUAUUUCAUAAUAUGGAAAAGAACGUCCGUGAAAUAGAUAGUAUCACUUAUUGUAAAAUUAUUUUUGUCAGUAGUUGUUACGCCUAGAAUAUUUCCUCUCGAUAGACAAUGAGCGAUGCUUAGUUCUUCAAGCCACGUUUACAGGUCUUCCGGUCAGCCCACGGCUUACGGUGUUGGCUGUUGUUGAAGUAUGAAGAAAUAGUUUCCUUAAAUUAUUCCCUGACAUAGUAACUGCCAAAGAACAUUGUCGUUAUAUUGAGACGUUUUUCCUUUGUGUACUUUUUUAACAUUUGAGCGUUUUUCUGUUUCAAUCUCGACAGAAUUUUGCUAGUUAGUUUUGAACCAUACAAAGCAUCAAUAAUUUAAGUGAUAUUUUCAUAAUUCUUGCCUCAAUGGUUGGUAAAAUGUUGACAUUAUUUCACGACACAUUAAAUUCAAUGGAAUUAUGUAGUUGAUCGCCAAGUUUUUUUAAUCGUUGAGUUCUGAGUAGAAAAUAGUCGAAAACCAUUUCUCACGAAUAAUGAAAAAUACCUCUAUAUUGCUGAUCCACACUUUCUGAAUUCACGCUUUAACGUUUCACAGUUAAUUUUUAGCGUUCCGUUUUUAUCGUGCCUUCUUUGAUAACUAAGUAAAAAGGUAUUUGUGAGGUCUUAGCGACAUGUACAAAACAGUCUUAAAGUUCUGAUCACAUGUUUCUUCGAGUUUCGCCGGCAUUGUUGUCACGAAAUAGGCAAUUUGCAUAGCGAACAAUAACUAUCUGAAUAGAGUUAAUUUUUCCCUACGUGUCCUGCCAACAGCCCACUUCAUAUUAAAACUAAUAUUCCAAUCAUGAAAAUAAGCGAUUUGUUGUAAGCCCCCACAUAAAAUGAUCAAGCAUCCUUUGUGUCAAGCAAGAUAUGUCAAGAGUUAUUUUGCUGUAAUUUCCAGUAACAUUAGCUAGUAUGUGGUACUGUAAUUAGAUCUAAAUACAUUUAGGACUAAGAGUUGAAAUAUAAUGAAUAUAUUUAUUCCUUUUCUUUCUUCACUAAAAAAUUUUCCAUUAAUUCAUGAUUUAAAAAACUUAAUUGUUCAUGCCCUCCAGAAGAGAGAAAAACAGAAAUAUGAUAUGAUCUUGUUUCUAAUUACUGGAGGUGUUUUUUCACUUCUCCAGUCUCUAGUGGUAGGGGAAUAAUCCUACUUGUUACAGUUGUCCAGAGAGACACCAACUUCAGGACAGGAGUGGCUAGCUAUCUGUGAAUUAAUCAGUAUCUUAAUAUGCAACUUUUGAAAUAAAAGAGGUGGAAAGGUUGUAUCAUGAAGAUUAACACAAGAAAGAAUUUCUGUAAACAAAACUUGAUCAGGUGAUUAAAUAAAUAAUAACAUAAAAUUUUUUUCUCCUGCUUCAGUUUCCAUGGAAGCAAUUUGUUAACUUUUCUUUUGUUCUUGUAGGGUUAGUGUAAAAUGUGCCAAGCCAAGCUUCAUUUUUAAUGUUUUUAUUAACCUCUUUUGAUCCACGUCUAAAUGCGUCACUUUCUCUUUUGGUUCCUUUAAAAUGCUUUUUGAAAGAUAAAUUUUAAAUGGACAUAAGAUGAAAGAUUUCCAGGGAGAGAGAAAUUGUCUCAAAAAUUGUCUUUUGUGUCAAUUGUUAGUUUGAUAAAAGAAUAUUCCUUUUUGGUUAGAAGUCAUUUUCUUUUUUCAUAUCACAGAAAAGGGUCAGAUCUCUUUCUACACUUUUGUUGAGCGUGUGGUAAUAAAUUAAUAUGAUAUCCAAAUCUAACUAGACGUUAGAUAAAAUCAUUUUUUACUGUAAAGCAUGUCUUUGAAAUUAAAGCACUGGGGCUUUGUCCUCAAAGGGUGUAGAAUGUGUUUAGAGUUGGCAAAGACAAAGAGUUACAGAUUCUCUCUUACAGAGAAGUGUAUCACAGCCCUUUGAUGGUAUCACUGCUGUUUCUCAACAUGUCUUUUUUUUUUUUGUCUUUGAUUGUUUUGCUGUUUAGAUUUGAGUAUGAUAUCUUCAGGGAUUUAAAGUUUCUAUGUAGGUUUUUAAUUAGAAUCAGUGGAUGGUGGAUCUUGCACUCAGUAAUGGGGAUGGGUUUUUGCUGGCUCCCUUUGCCAUUAGAUGAAGAUACAGCCUCUGAUGUAGAUUUGGAACACAGAUUAUCUUUAAAAAUCUGCUUAGGUUGAAAUGAAAGCCUCUCUCACUUAUAGUUGACAAAAAAUAAUUGCACAGACCAUGUGGAGAAUGAAGAUUUUGGCUGUUGUGAGUAAAAGGAUGAAAAAAACAGUUGUUUUAAUAUGCCAGCAAUUCUUUAGAAUACAGAGGUUUUGUAAAGAAAAGAGGAAUUGCUGUUAUUUGUGGUGAUUGUACUUUACAAUCCUGGGUAAUGUUUUUUGUUUUCUUUUUUACUUCUCAAUGUAGGUCUUCCGAGUUCCUCUGGAGGAAAGGCGUUACAAACAGCCCAAUGAAAAUGCUUUUGGAGAUGACCGUCAACGAGAGAUCUGCCGUGACAUUAUGGCGAAGACCGGAGCUUCAAUUGAGAUCAGUUCAGGAAAAGAUCAAGGCUUGACAAUCAUGGUGACUGGAAAACCAGAAUUACUGGCAAAAGCUAGGCGUAUGGUGCUAACCCAACUUCAGACUCAGGUAAAAGCAGUUUGUACCUGAAAAAUGUAUAUAUUUGUAAUGAGAAUUCUAGCAUACCUGCUGGUACUCAAAGGAGUUUGACAGAUAUUUGGGUUUUAUAUUUCAUUCAACCUUUCACCUCUAAGAGUGACUGGCAUCUAAUUUCACCCUUGAAUCAAAUGUAAAGGUCACAAGAAUACAGGAAAUAAUCAACAAUUUUGAGGAGCUCCUGAUUGUCAAACAACUUCUCCUUGUCAGUAACAUAAAAAAUGUGAAGAAAACAGUGUAGAGAAUAUAACAACCAAUAUUAGGGUGUAAAGAGUUAACCCUGCAAGCUGCACAAGUGACCUAGACAGAAUUUCUCCCUACACUGUCAGUACUAUUUCAAGCAAACAAGUAAUGAGAAUAAGGAAAAAAAAUUUAACACUAGUCACUGUCAAAGGGUAGUGGUGUUAUAUGUACAUAAUGGAAGUUAACCUUUUAAUUUUAGGCCUAGUUGGUGAUCAUUUCCUCAAUGCUCAUGACUUUAACGUGUGAUUCAUGGAUUUAAUGUAAGAAGGAAUUAGACUUUGGUCAGUGUUAGAGGUUGAAGGGCAGUAGGGUUUUAUGAACAUAAUUGACGUAAUCUUGAAUUUUUAGGCUAAUGUUGAACUCAACGUUCCCCGUGAACAUCACAAAUUCAUUCUUGGUAAAGGAGGCAAAACGCUUCAGACACUUGAAUUGCAAACUGCGACGAAAAUCACCAUGCCUAGGGAUGGAUCUGAUACCAUAAGAAUUGUGGGAACAAAAGAAGGUGUGGACAGCGCUCGGCAUGAGAUUCAGAUCAUAUCUGAUGAACAGGUAAGUUGCAAGGAGAUAAUUAGUGUUGGGUGGAGUGAGUUAAAGAAACGUAGGUUUGGCAGUUAUUUAGGUGGCCUAACACAGCUUUGCAUGAAUAAGGCAGAUUUCAUUACUCAUACAAGGCAUAGCAGCAGUCAGAGACAGAAUUGUUGACACAUUGGCAUUUUCAAGCCCCCCUAUGAUUUAAUUUUCACCCCUUUUGGCCUUGGCACUUCUCCUUCUUAACUGUAGUGUUCUAAAAUUUCUCUGUUCAGUUGCAAGCAAGAAAUAUUUAAUAUUGGAGUAGCAUUCCCUUUUGCAGAUUAUUGUGCAAUGCUAAAAGAAGUGUUAUCUGAUGUCUUAAUCCCUUAACUCCCAGAGGUGAUUUACUUGUAACUUCUCCCUUUCAUAUCCAUACAGACAGACAGGUCAUGAGGACACUUAAACUUGUCAAGUAGAGGUUUUUCUCUUGAUCUAACACCAAAUUUUUGUGACUUAUUUAAAAGAAAAUGUGCAGCAGCAGGAGGGGAGAAUUAACUUUCAGAUCUUGGGAUUUAAAGGAUCAAGAUUACUGCUUAGGCACAAUUUGUCAACUAAUUUUUUCUCAAUUUUAGUUUCUGAGUAUAAGAUCCUUUUUGGCUUGCUUCUAAAGUGAAAUUGUGAGAUGAUGUUGUGGUUUGUUUCCAAAGUGAAAUUGUAAGAUGAUGUUGAUGUUUGUUUCUAAAGUGAAAUUAUGAGAUGACGUUGAUGUUGUAGUCUGUUUCUAAAGUGAAAUUGUGAGAUGAUGUUGUGACCUGUUUCUAAAGUGAAAUUGUGAGAUGAUGUUGUGGUUUGUUUCUAAAGUGAAGUUGUGAGAUAAUGUGGCUUGUUUCUGAAGUGAAAUUGUGAGAUGAUGGUAUGGCUUGUUUCUAAGGUGAAAUUCUGAGGUGAUGUUGUGUUCAUUUCUAAAGUGAAAUUGUGAGGUGAUGUUGUGGCCUUUUUCAAAGUGAAUUGUGAGCUAAUAUUAUGGCUUAUUUCUAAAGUGAAAUUGUGAGAUGAUGUUGUGGCCUGUUUCUAAAGUGAAAUUGUGAGAUGCUGUUGUGGCCUAUUUCUAAAGUGAAAUUGUGAGGUGAUGUUGUGGCCUUUUUCUAAAGUGAAUUGUGAGCUAAUAUUGAGGCCUCUUUCUGAAGUGAAAUUGUGAGAUGAUGUUGUAGCUUUUUCCAAAGUGAAAUUGUGAGAUGAUGUGGCCUGUUUCUAAAGUGAAAUUGUGAGAUGAUGUGGCCUGUUUAUGAAGUGAAAUUGUGAGGUUUUGUUGAAGCUUUUUUCUAAAGUGAAAUUGUGAGAUGAUGUGGCCUGUUUAUGGAGUGAAAUUGUGAGGUUAUGUUGUAGCUUUUUUCUAAAGUGAAAUUGUGAGAUGAUGUUGUGGCCUGUUUUUAAAGUGAAAUUGUGAGAUGAUGUUGUGGCCUGUUUUUAAAGUGAAAUUGUGAGAUGAUGUGGCCUGUUUAUGAAGUGAAAUUGUGAGGUUAUGUUGUAGCUUUUUUCUAAAGUGAAAUUGUGAGAUGAUGUUGUGGCUUGUUUCUAAGGUGAAAUUGUGAGAUGAUGUGGCUUGUUUCUAAAGUGAAAUUGUGAGGUUAUGUUGUAGCUUUUUUUUAAAGUGAAAUUGUGAGAUGAUGUUGUGGCCUGUUUCUAAAAUGAAAUUUUGAGAUGCUGUUAUGGUCUGUUUUUAAAGUGAAAUUUUGAGAUGAUGUUGUGGUGUUAGGGUCAGCACUACACGCCUCAAGUUAAUAGGUCUUAGGUGAAGACCUUGUUCUGUGGUGAGUUUUUUCAGCAAGAUGAUUUCCACUUACACUGCCCCUCUUCAGCCAGGACUAUGUAUGGCUUAAUGGUCUGUGGAGCCUAAUGGGAGAACUUGUGACUGACUUGUAUCCCAUUCUGGUUUGGGUUGGGGAAUUGCAAUACUCCUUUUCCACUUGUGCCACAGAAGCUGAGAUGAGCUUGGGCUGAAUGAGCCACCUGGCUUGAGUGGAGGCCUGGUGUUUGAGGGAAAAUUUUUGUUAAGUAACACCUCACAAUUCCUCACUGUUUUUUAUUUCACUGUUUUUAAAUUUUUUUUUGCAGGCUAAACUUGCCUUUGAAAGACUCAACAUUGAACAUUUUUACCAUCCUUUCAUAUCCGGAGCCAAUGCCUCAAAGAUCACGGAACAGACUUCAGCACGUAUCAACAUCCCACCUCCAUCUGUUCAGAAGGACGAGAUCACUAUCGCAGGGGAGAAGGAAGGUGUGGCUAAGGCAAAGGAAAUCAUUAUGGCUAUAUAUGAGGAGAAAAAACGGAAGACAACCACUGUGUCCAUUGAAGUAAAGAAGUCUCAGCAUAAAUAUGUGAUUGGUCCACGUGGAGGUACCCUGCAGGAAAUACUGGCUCUUACUGGUGAGUAUAGGAAUGAAGUUCAGAAAUAUAUAUCAACAGGAAGCCUUCAGAAAAAGAAAAACUGACUGCUUAAUAGUAAAUUUCCUGUAGUGAAAGUAUAGAUAGUAAAGUCUCAAAAGGAGUAUAGAUCAUUUUUCUUUCCAUUUCUAACAGAUAAUGUUAGAAUGAAAUGCUGUGCAGUUUAACCUGUGGAUAGACUCCUGUUUUAAGCUAGGCCCAGCCCAAAGUUUCAUGAACAAGCUGCAUCAACCCUUAAACUCCCAAAAUGUGAUUGUUAAUUCUCCCCUUUAGCUGCUACACAUGCCCCAGUAAAUUAGUGAUGUGAAUUUUGUUAGAUCUUAGGAUAACAACUUCUACCUGAUAAGUCUGAGUAUUAUUAUUUGUUUGCUGGAUAAUGUAUGAAUACUAUGGGGAGAAGUUAUAUGUUGAUCACCUGAUAAUUAGAGGGUAAUGAUGCUCUGGCAUCAUGAAUUAGCAGCUUCAACUCGGUGUUACUAUGCUCACUUACCCAGUUCUUCUAAUGAAGCCUUUUGGCAAGCUAAAGACAGUUAAAAUGUAAACAUCCUUUUAUAUUCCAGGUAAUCAUGCUUAAAAGGUUAAGGCAAUUAAUUUAAUCAUAUAAUUAUCAAGAAAAUGAGAGGUGAAUUUUUGGUGGGGAAAUUUAUUUUCUCAGGUGUGUCUGUGGAGAUGCCACCUUUAGACAGUGAUUCAGAGACCAUCACCUUGCGUGGUGAGCCAGAUAAACUUGGGACAGCCUUGACCCAGGUGUAUGAGAAAGCAAGUAGUGUUGUAAGUGCCGAGGUUGAUGCACCCCGCUGGCUUCACAGGUUUAUCAUUGGCAGGAAAGGACAGAAUAUACGCAAGAUUACCCAGGAUUUACAAAAGGUUGGCAGCUUUAGUUAAUCUACCUUUUCAUUCCCUCAAUGUGAUUUGACAUUCUUCCCUCUUGUUGUUAUACUCUUCUUUGUAAAUCAGAUGGGAGAAUUUAGUAUCAAGAACAAGAAAUCCAGCUGAUAAUUUUUCUAUUCUUGUCACUUGUUUUCUGGUGGAGGUUUGAAAAUUGUGCGGAGAAGAAACCCCUUAAUUCAUUUGUUAGAUUUGGAAGUCAACACAAAGCACAAGUACACACUGCAAACAGUUGUAUGUUCUCAGAUACAGCAGUUGCAGUAACUUUUUCAAUAAGCCGCUGUCGAUGGUGCAAUAUGCAGCUGUGCCCGGCAAGGAGUUGUUAUAGUGCAACCUAAACAAGAGAGCCUCCUUGUCAGUACUAAAGGAAAAGUAUAGAGAGGAGUAUGGAGACUGUGGAUGCUGAUUUUAGGGUGUAAAGGAUUAUUGAAACCUCUGCACAUGACAGUUCUAUGUCCAGUGUGUAAUUUUGUUGUUUUUAUGUGCAUGACGUAAUAGGACGGUGAUUUUUGACAGGUUCAUGUUGAAUUCAGUGAUGAGAAGGACAGCGUCUCUCUAGAAGGACCCCCUCAGGAAGUAGAGAAGGCACAAGAAUCCCUUGAGACAUUUAUUAGAGAACUGGUGAGUUCAGGUUUAACCAAAGGUAGAUCAAAUAUGUGACAAUGUUUGUCUUACAACAGAAGUCCUUACAUUUUGAUAACCGUCAGAAGUGUGUUUUGUUUUCGAAAGAGUUCUCUGUCUGGUAAGUUUUCUGUGUAGAUGGGGACAUAAGAGUCGUGAUGAGAUUGAGACAGCUCAGAAUGGCCAAACAUGUAAAAUGAAAAAGUAAAAUAUUGAAAAAGUGAGAUAUUUAAGUCCUCUAUUAUGGGAAGCUAGGCAAAUGUGACUAGAUGAAAAUAAAUGGGUAAAUUAUGAGAACUUAUUAUUGUCAGUAAAAUCUGUGUUUGAUUUCUCACUAACCACUGCUUUUGUUGUCCAAAUGACAGAGAGCAUCCAUGGACUUUGCAGAAAUCACAGUUGACCAUAAGUAUCACCCACACAUCAUUGGCAAAAAUGGAAGCAAUGGUAUGACCAUAAACUUCAUCAAAUUGCAGUUUGAUUGUGAUACCUUUCAAGUGUUUGUGAAAAGAAAACAAACCAAGCAAUGGAGCGUACAUGUGUUUCUGCUUGUAUUUUUCAGUAAACCGCAUUAAAACUGAAACAGGAACAUCCAUUUUGAUUCCAUCCAACAACGAAAAGAGCAAUGUACUGAGGAUUGAAGGUUCACCCAAGGGAGUAGCUUUGGCCAAAGCUGAAAUAUUGCAAAUGGUUAAGAAACUGGUAAGUUUAUUUGUGCAAAAUGUUUUUGCAGUUUUCAAUUUUUUUGUUUGUUUGUUUUUGCCAUUUUGGCAGUAUGGCAUUUUUGGUGUGGCUUAUUAUCUUGUUAUUAAUUCUCCUUACUGUCUGUCAUACAAUUCUUUUGAUGGUAGUUUGGAGAAUUUGAUAAUUGCAUCAACUAAUUAAUCCCCUUUCUGAUGUUUUUCUGAAUUCUCAUCACUUGUUUGCUUGAUAUUAUGUUGAUAUUGCAAAGGAGAAAGUCUGUGUUGAUCACUUGUGGGAGUUGAAAAGUUACUCAAAUUAUGGGAAAGUCACAUUGAAAGAUUCUGUUUCCUUUCCAAUGUCCUUUAGAAUUUUUACUCAUUGUAAUGUUUAUUAAAGGGUUCCCAUCAUAAAUGUAGCUCAAAGUAAGAUCAGUUUUUCAAGUGUCGUCCAUGUGUGAAAAUUCUUUUGAUGUGCUGCUCCUUGCAGGAAAAUGAAAAGACCAAAGAUAUUCUUAUUGAACAACGAUUCCACCGAACCAUCAUUGGCACUAAGGGAGGAAAGAUCCGUGAGAUUCGGGAGAAAUAUCCAGAAGUUCAAAUCUCCUUCCCUGAUGCUGGCAAAAUGAGUGAUAUUGUGAAUUUACGAGGACCCAGAGAAGAUGUAGAUGGUGUUUACACUUUGCUCAAGAAACUGAGCUCUGAACUGGUAAUACUUGUUGGUUCAGUUGAACAAUUUUGUUCUUUUAGGGCAGCUAAAGUAUGUUACAAGCUGAACUCUCUUUUUUUUUGUUGCUAUUCUGUUGGGAAAAGCUUGCUCAAAGUCAAAUCGUUCGUUAUGUACAAAAAGGUAAUUGUUACAGUCACAUGUAUGAAAGACCAAAUGCUUGACCAUUAGAGGGUGUUUUGGCUGAAAAAUCAUCCUAAUUUUUUAACAUUGUGUCACCAUAUUUGCACAUUCAGCAUUCUGAUAUUGACUUAUUUAUAUGUUUUUUUUGAUAUAAUCAUAUUUAUUCUGUUGACAAAUUACAUAGUUUUAAACAUCUCUUGGCAUGUUGUAAUUGGUAAAUGGGUUGCUUGACAAGACAAACUAACAAGAUAGAUAUUAUAGGUCAGCUGGCAGAUGCGCUGAAUCUUUUUUCUGUUUUAUUUUGUUUAGAUCGCUGCUAACUACCGUGUUGAAGUUCCCAUUUUUAAACAGUUCCAUAAGAAUGUGAUUGGCAGAGGUGGAGCAACCAUCAAGAAGGUAUUGUGUGUUGUUAACCAGAAAUAGAAAUAGCCUCAGUUGAUUGCGGUAAAAGGUUGUCAUUAACUUGUACUUUUGGUCCAAGCAGCUUUUGGGGAGAAAACAAUUUUAAACUUUUUUGAACAAAACAGCUUUUAAGCUUUGGUGUGGUUGGGUACAAGUCUUGAUUGGCUUCACUUAAUUACUGAGACGUGUCGAGCAAGUUUUCCUGUUACUGAAUGGAGUAAAGCAAGACCAAUGUAAUUCUAGAUCACAGGGUAAUUUAGUUUCCCCUUACUGUAUCAUCCUUCAACCAAUAAUAAAGGUUAUGAGAAUGAGUGAAGUUAUUGAGACCAAGAGAAGCUCCUGAUUGUCUGACUAAUUCUCUCUACCAGUACCAUAGGAAACAUGAAGCAAACAAUUUGGAGAAUAUGAAUGCUGAAGUUUAGAUUUGUAGAUUCUUCUCAUCUAUGUGCUGUCUAAAUAUCUGUCACUGCUUACUCUGCAGAUCCGAGAAGAAACUGACACAAAGAUUGAGCUGCCAGCUGAAGGAAGUGACAGUGACGUCAUUGUCAUUACAGGACACAAGGCACAGGUGGAAGCUGCACGUGACCGCAUAACAACAAUACAGAAUGAGCUGGUAAGGAUUUACCUGUUGUAUUCGAGGAGUGUAGAUUCAAGGCUUAACACUCAGUUUCCAAGAAGUGACUAAAAUUUGAAAUCUCCUAACCACAUGUUUACAUUAUCCAUAUAGCAGUGAUGAGAAUAAGAAACUAGACUUCCUCAUUGAGACAGUGUUAUCUCACGAUAUUAUCUCAGGAAAUUAAAUCAAGAAUAUAGGGGCAGGAGCAUACUGUGAUAUAACGAAAGGAUGUUCUUAGUAACGGGAUGAACGGUAGUUAGGGCCAUUGAAAUUUAGCCAGAUAAUUCUCUGAUUUCCAUUUACUGUUGAACAUCCUGUCAUCUUACUCAAUUCUCAGAACUAUCUCUCAUAGAAGUAAAAAGCAUCUAACAGAGAGAAAUUUGAAAGAGAUCUUUGGUGUUAAGGAUUUAACGAAAGCGCACGUACGUUUUUCAGGCAAAUGAAAGACCAGUGAUCAGAAAAUUCUCCGUUUUCCAUGGACUAAUAAACAGCUUGUUGUGUUAAUUUUUAGACCAGAUUCUCGUAACUAGUUUGCGUAGAAGUACAGAGGUAAAUGUAUAUAGCGACAAACGCAGAGAAUUUUGAAAGAGGUGCUUGUCGUUAGAGGGUUAACAAAUGUACACGUAUGUUUUUCAGGCAAAUGUCACCCAAAUUGAAGUGAUUAUCCCACACAAACAUCACAAUGCUGUGAUUGGUGCAAAAGGCCGGUUGAUCCGUUCAAUCAUGGAUGAUUGUGGGGGAGUAAGUAUUAAAUUCCCACCUGAGGGAACCAACAGUGACAAAGUUCUUAUUCGUGGACCAAAGGAUGAUGUGGAAAAAGCCAAGAAACAGCUUCUGGAGCUUUUGAAUGAAAAGGUUAGAAAUUAAGUUUUCAAAAAUUGAUGUUUUGCAUAAAAAUCGCAAGAUUUAAAAUUCUCCAUCUUCAUUUACAUCCUCAUCGCGCAGAAGCAUCAUAUCGACAUUCCUCUGUUAGCAUUAUGCACGACGUUUGUCCCCAUGGACCCAGUUAAACGCCUUAGCCUGCCACUAGUCUCCAAUAGCUCAAUGGUAGACCAUUCGCAGUAGUAAUCGGAAGGUCGUAGGUGCAAAUCCCAUCGGGAGCACUUGGAAUUCUUUUUCUCCAAGUAUAUCGGGGUCAUUCACUGAUUUUCGUCACAGUACACGUAAAAAGGACUGAGAUCGGUUUUGCCAGUUGUUGAUCGCUCAAUCCUACAAUGCACGGACAGUUUUCAGAUCAGUAAUUCAUUUUGUCAAGGAAAAGUUUGAGCUCCUACAAAAUUGAAUUUAAAGGGUUUUUUCAAUAUUAUUUUGCAAGGCUGAGAUGAAAAUUGUCAGGUGAAUUUAUAAAUUUUAAGACUACUCAGACUCGCAAUAUGCGACAGUCAAGUAACUAGUAGCAAGUACAAAUCAAAACUAAUUAAGGUUUUCAUGAAAUUAAAUCUCACUUUUUCUUCCGUGUCACAGGAGACCAAUAGUUACACCCUAGAGAUUCGUGCAAAGCCACAGCAUCACCGCUUUUUAAUUGGACGGGGUGGAUCCAACAUCAGAAAGGUGCGCGAGAAUACAGGAGCAAGGAUCGUUUUCCCGACACCAAGUGAUGAAGACAAGGAACUGAUCACCAUCAUUGGAAAGAAGGAAGGAGUGGAGGCAGCCAAGCAAGAGCUGAUGAAAGCAAUCAAGGAUCUGGUACAGAUAUGUUUUAAACUUUCUGGCCCCUCAGAGUGACUAGCAUCUAAUUUCUCCUUUCACCCAUGAAUCGAGAAUUGAGGUCACGGGAAUAAAAGAAAUGAUUACGAACUAAACAAGCUCGUGAUUGUUCAACAAAUUUUUCUUGUCAACGCCUGAGGAAAUUGAGGAAAUUCCUUUGCAAGCUGAUUGUGGAUAGAUUAGCAUGUAAACGUCUCUCAUUUUCUUUUCCUUCACCCUAAUAUGCAACUGCUUCUAAGAUCCCACAUAACGUAUUUAUUUAGAUAGUUUCAGUGAAAACGUGGUUAUUUCCCCCCUUUUACAGGACAACAUCGUCGAAGGCGAGGUACACGUAGACCCCAAACACCAUAAGUAUUUUGUUGCCAAGCGAGGUGAAAAACUGCGCGAGAUCGCCGACGACUUCGGCGGAGUUGUGGUCAGUUUCCCCAGGAACGGCGUGAACUCUGAUCGUGUUGUCCUGAAAGGCGCCAAGGAUUGCAUCGACGGAGCAAAGAAAAGGAUCCUAGAGAUUGUAGAUGAGCUGGAUUCCAUGGUGUCCAUCGAGUGCGUCAUCCCUCAGAAGUACCACCGUAACAUCAUGGGAGCCAAAGGGGUCAAUGUCCAGAAGGUUACUUCACAGUACAAUGUUCAGAUCAAGUUUCCCGACCGAGACCCGGCAGCUAAGGGACAAGGCAUGGUUAAUGGCAGCUCCUCCCCCGUGGAGGUGAACGGCGAUGAAGCUGGCUCCCCCCCGGCUAGUCCCCGAAAGUGUGACAUCAUCACUAUUACUGGAUCUAAGGAUAAUGCUGAAGCUGCUAAAGAAGCAUUACUGGUAUGUAGACAUGUUUCCUCAGCGGAAGGGGUGGCAAUUUGCGCUAAAUCGACGAGAUUUUGUGUACCCGAGCCAUCCAAUGUCCAAUGCCGUGUCUGCCUCUUUGCGCUGAAGUUUUUUACGCCUUACACCCUGUUAAUUGUUUGCUUCCAGGAACUUGUCCCAAUCACAGAGAUGAUGAGCAUUCCAUUUGAUUACCACCGCUUUAUAAUCGGCGCCAAAGGAGCCAAUGUCCGUCAAAUGAUGGACGAGUUUGACGUCAAUAUUACCAUACCCCCCUCUAAGGACGAGUCUGACCAGGUAGUCAUUGUUGGUACUCGUCCCAAGGUCAACAAGGCUAUCGAGGCGCUUGAACAGAAGGUGGCUGUGAUUGAGGCAGAGAAUGAAGAUCGGGUAAGAUUCUGAUCUGUAUAAAAGGACCUUGUCUUAAAUGAUCGUUAUACGUGAUUUUUGCCGUGCGCUUUCGUGGUAUGCUCCCGGCAGGGUGCGGUUAGAGAGCUUUUCGAUUGAUUGUCGUAAAAUCGAAACCAAAGCAAUCAAUAGUAAAUCAAUAUCAAUCAUACUAAGGAAAAUCCGAGGAGCUAGUGAGAACUUGGAGAAUAAACAAGCCAACUACCUGAAGAGCGGGAAAACGUGGCCGACCUAGUCGCGGUCGGUUGGUCUUGAAUCUGAUUGGCUGGAAAAGUGGCGCAAGUUUUCUGGACUAAUCACACAACGACCUAAAGUAAAAGCAAAGCAAUUCUGGUUUACUUUUCGACUUUAGUUUUCUUCAACGGUAAAAGGAUGAAAUGAAAAGGGGUAGAAGAAGCAAUUGAUAAGUAGAAACAAUCAAGGGUGGGAACAAAUGGCCAGGACAAACACCAGUUAGAAGCCACAAUAAUGUGUAAUUCGGGCCAGAUUUUAGACGCGCCAACCUUAGAAUAACGUUCCCAUCUAGAGUAAUGGUCAUUUCCAUUCUUUUCGCAGCAACUACGAAGUUUCAAAAUGGAAAUAACCGUCGCUAGUUCUUAUCACCCUAAGAUCAUUGGCCGCAAAGGACAAGUUAUUCAGAAGAUCCGCACCGAACACGGAGUACAGAUACAAUUUCCACCCGUGGAAUCUUCGGAGGCUGACGCGGACAAGAUUGUCUUGACUGGUUACGAGCAUAACUGUGAAGCAGCCAAGGAAGCCAUUUUGAAGAUAGUUCAUGAGUUGGUAGGUGUAAAUUUUAUUAAGCUUUCGUAGCACUUUUUUUAGCACUUUGCCUGUUUUAGCUUAUGUAAACCUUUUUAUUAGCCUUUGAUAAGAAUGCGGUGAAAUUAAAAUUUGAUCGUGCAAUAUUGCCCGUCUUUGCUGUAACACUGUCUCCAUAGAUUGUAUUUUAUUGAACGGGGGAAAAAGGGAGGGGUGGAGGGGGGGGUUGGGCAGGAGUAACACUUGAGUCGCGUUAUGCGACACAAACUAAGUUGUGAGCACGCGCUCCUUAUUAGCGCCUGGGCAUGAGUGUUUCUUCGCCCGCGGGAACGUAUGAAGCCUUGAGCAACGUGAACUGAUGAGAGGUCUGAGAGGGGUCUGGCGCUGAUACUGAUACUCAUUAGUGCCAGACCACCUUGCAAAUCUCUCCUUGACUCGUCUAAAAUCUAAAAUAGAAACGAGCGUCUUGCCACGCUGGUCAUGAGCGCCUGCUCUAAGACUGACACCAAAUGGAAACAAGCGGUGUCGUAAUUAUCGCACGACUGCGCGCCACUACAGUGAUAACAGCUUGUUUGUUUUAUGGAUUAAGUUCAUGGAGCGUGCAGUAGGUCGGCUCAUUUGCGAUCUUAUCGUGCCGAUACCAGCGUGUUAAUUGUUGUUGUUUUGGCAGGAGGAGCAAGUGAGUGUAGAGGUACCCAUUGACCCCCGAGUUCACCGCCGUCUGAUUGGCACCAAAGGAAGAGCCAUCCGGAAAUUCAUGGACACCUACAGGGUGGACAUACGGUUCCCGUCACUCAACACCUCUGAUCCUGUCGUCAUUUCCGGUCUCGCAGAUAAUGUAGAGGAAGCAAAAGAUCAGCUUCUGUUGUUGGAAGAGGAAUACGUGAGUGCACAAGAUAUUAUAUAUGCAAAAGAGGUUUGGUGGACCAACUUGACGCGAACGUAAAGUGGUAUCUUUGAACCCUUCUAGAUCCUCAAGGUCGCGCUCUCUUAAACUUUCCCCUUUCCCUCACCUUCCCGUGCUCUCCUUACCGGUCACCUAGACCAACACAACGCUGAUUAUAAGGUUGUGAAUACUGUUCUUAUACUAUCCCAAAGUGCCGUCAGUUCUGUGAUCCCCUUUACCAAUAUUCAUAUUGUGAUCUCCGUGGCAUUAACUUAAAUAUUUUGUCGCGCAUCACGGCACUAAUUCCUUUUAUUUCCUUCCUUAAGAUGCAAGACGUACGGGACGAGAUUGAACAACAUGAUGUUGUCAACCAUUACCUAAACCCGCCAAGUAAACAAGGCAACCAGGCAGGGUUCGUUGUUAGGGAUGCUCCUUGGGAUAACGUGCGGAAGGCAGAUGGAGGCAGGAAGCAGCAGCCCCCACCUCAACAGCAGUCUACUAUAGAAAGGCCCCUUCCACCUGAUACCACCAACAUUGCCGACUUCCCCUGUAUCGGCAGCUCCGCGGCCGCUCCCCGUCCCACAGCCUGGGGUCCGACCCGCCGUUGAGAAGAGUAUACCACGACACUUUUUGUGAGCAAGGUCGCUGACAGCUUAAAGAAGAUUUUAGUAGAUUUUUAUUAGCUUUGUUAGCUUGUUUACCGUUGUGGUGAAAUUAUUAUAAUUUUUUUCUGAUUAUUUUCCCCUGUUUCUUGUGUUUGUGUGACUGGCACUUGGUAACUAAGAGACAUUGUAUGAUCAAAAUCACAUAGCGUUGUUAUUCCGGUUGAUUUUUGUUAGUUUCCCUCGAUGAGACCUUGAAUUUGUCGUAUGCUGGUGGAGAAGUUGCGUGCUUUUGAUUUGGUAUAGUUAAGGGGUUGUUAAAGGGGUUUAGUUACUCUCUGUCUUGGACGAAAAUUCACAUCAUCGUCGAUUAGCUUGCUCAGCAAAAUUAAAUUAUUUUUUCAUCUGAUUUUACCGACUUCUCUUUUGACAAUCAAAUAAACAGACAUACUUCCAUAGAAGGAGAAGAAAAAAAAUAAAAUCUAACAUAAUAUUUGAUAUUCUUUAUAUUCCCACCCCUUCAAAAUAGAAAUAUUUAGAUAAAAAUGAAACUCAAUGUCUGCUUGGUUGCUUAUUGGUAUGUCUAACCAAGUGACUUCUGUAACCUUGCAAAAAGGCUGAGUAACUAUUUGACUUGGCCGGUACCAGUUCUUAAGUGGCUUUUUAAGGUCAAAUAAAUUGCUUAACCAGAAAAGGAAUAACCUUGUCUUAUCUUUUGUGUCGUCACUUGACGUUUAGUCUGAGCUGUGAAGUCCCCUCAUCGUUCUAAUGCCCCGACGGGGUCCUAAGUUUUUUUAGCAUCAACGGAUGAACAAUUGCACCUUCGGACAAUCAAGCUUAACAAAUAUACUUUCAAUAUCGCGCAAUGGUCGAUCAUUAACACCAAUAGAAAAUCAAUUGCAUAGUGUGACAAUCAAUUGCGUAUUAGAGACAAAAAUACAAUUUGCACAGAGACGCACAAUCAAUUGCACCUUCAUACAAUCGUUUAUUCAAAAUGGUCAAUCAUUAACGUGAACUGACAAACAUUGGUGUUUUUCGAAUAAACAAUAGAAGGAAAAAAUAUUCAUCAGUGUUAUUCGUUGUAGUUACAUGUAUUUUAAAGUACUGACCAAAAAUACAGGAGUAUGUACAUUAUCAUUUAAAUUUUGUCUUUUUUUGCACAAUAUUUUGCUGAAGCAGA